AUGUUUCCAUCAAAUUCUGUAAGUGUUAGUUGUUUCGAUGAAAUAGUUAAAACGAAUUCUGUCACAAUUCCAUCAUAUCUUGGCAGACUUAUUCUACGAACUCAUCAUGAAGAUGAUACUGCCAAUCUUGCAUUAGUGUUUUCAGAUUCAUUCUCAAGAAGGCACCUUUCUUUUCUGCAACCACCCAAUGGAUGGGGAGAUGAAAGAGAACGAAACAACAAUAAACAAUGGACUGAACAAGAUUUUCUUGAUCGAGUUAAAGUACAGACUGAAGCACGGACAAAUGGAAAAAGCUGUGUCUUGAAUAUCGUUUUAUUAGCAACAGCAUCCAAUGAGAAAAAUGAUCGGUGUAUUGGGACAACUGGUUUUGUUAAAAUUGAUGGUAAUACUGGCUACUUGGGAAUCAUAACACAUAGAGAUACAACUCGAAUGGGAUAUGCAACAGAAGCUCUUUAUACUACGAUUGUUUUUGCAUUUGAAAAGCUUGGCAUCAAUAAAAUCGUUAUGUAUACUGAUGAAAAAAAUGAAGAAAUGAGAGGAUGGUGUGAGAAAACCGCUGGAUUAAAAUUAUUUGGUAAAAAUCCCAUGGAAAUCAAUGGUUACGCAUUUACAGAAUGUGAAUAUCAAUUCAAUUUGGACGAAUGGAAUCAUUCAAUUAAGAAAACAUUAGAAUUCAAGAUGAAUAAGAUAAAUACAAAUGAAAAACUUUCCUCAAUUUCAACAGAACAGUGA